UCACAAGAUUUACAAAAGGCGGACGCUCUAUUUGGGGUGGUGAAGGCAUAACACCUGAAACUCUAAAAAACGCACAAUGGGCAUGGGAGCCAUGUACAAGUACAGAUUACAUUGAAGUCGUGGUACCGCUCUUACCGGCUAAAAAGUUACCCAUUUUAUAUACACCGUCAUCGUCGAAAAAACGAAAGAAUAAAGAAUAUAUUGUAAAAAACCGUCAUCUAAUUGAAGAAAAUGGAUCGAAAGAGAUCGAACCGUCAAGUACAGCUUCAUUACCACGAUCCAUAACUGAUCCAAUGGCAUUCGGACAGGGUUAUCAGCCAGUCGUAGACCCAGAGACUGGUAGUGUGUGUGGCGUGUUUGUAGACAGAUCAGAAGAAGAGGGUGAGGAACAAAGAAAAAAAGGCACAUUGUGCCAAUCUAAGGUAACAACAACAGUAGUAUCUUGUGACGAAGGAGCAGCAUGUCAGUUUGCACAAGAUGAUGACGAGAGAUCGAGCCUAUGGGAGUCACUUAUUCGUAUUGUUCAACUGGAGUACUUCCAGAUGACAUUUGACCCCAUUAUACCUUGGCCAACCUUUCCCCCAAUCCCGGAACAGGCAAUAAGAGCUUAUCCUCAUAUCUUUGGUGAGGUUAACAAUAAUGAAAUUGAACGGUCGUCAAGGCCGAGGAUGAUUUUUGAUUGUGUUGAGAUUGUGAAAAAACGAAAAUUGGAAGGAUAUAAGCCUAUUGGACUUGGCUUACAAAAAACUCCUAAGCAACGAAAUAACAGUAAUGGAUGA